UCACGCGUGGUGGCGAAAGAUGAUGUAUGAAACUUGCCACCACAGACUCGGUUUAAUGACACAGCAUAAAGUCGCCCAAGACCUGACGGAUAUUUUGACUGAGUUAAUCCUGUGGUAUUUCGCUGAAGACAAGCAAAAAUAUGCCGAUACGAGUGGCCGUGAUCGGCGCGGGUGCAGGUGGGCUGUGCGCCAUGCGGCACCUGUUGGCCAGGCCGGACGUUUUUGAGGGGGUCUGUUUUGAACAGUGUCCGCUAGUUGGAGGUACAUGGGUGUACACAGACAGAGUUGGAACUGAUGAAUACGGACUUCCGGUACACUCCAGCAUGUACAAAAACCUCAGGACAAAUCUGCCAAAAGAAGUUAUGGCAUUUCCUGACUUUCCUUUCAAGGAUAGUUUACCAUCUUUCAUAUGGCAUCAUGAUGUCCUGCAGUAUUUACAAGACUACAGCAACCACUUCAAUGUCACUGACAAAGUCAAGUUUCAGACCAGAGUAGACUGUGUACGUCCUCUGAAGAGUAACAACUCAGAACCACAAUGGGAAGUGCAGUUUUGCAGUGUUCUCAAUCAAACAAAGAAACAGACGGAAUUGUUUGAUGCAGUCAUUGUGUGCAUUGGGCAUGCUUCCAUCCCCUUGGUGCCAGACAUUCCGGGUCUGGACAAGUUCAAGGGUCGUGUGUUCCACAGCCACGACUAUCGGGAGCCUGAUUCCUUCAAGCAGCAGCGUGUGGUUUGUCUUGGUGCUCGGUCGUCUGGCAUGGACAUUAUGCUGGAGCUCAGCGCCGUGGCUCAGACAGUGUUCAUCAGUCACAACAAGGCCCCCCUUACAUCCAAAUUACCCCCCAACGUAGAACAGAAGCCAGGGAUAGCCCCGGCUACGGGAAGAUUCAGUUAUCUUCUCCAACGAGAUGAACAAAAGAUUGACACUGUUGUUUUCUGCACUGGAUACAAAUACACUUACCCAUUUCUGUCUGAAUCUUGCAAUCUCAAGAUAGAAAAUGAAAGAGUUACCCCCCUUUACAAGCAUAUACUCCAUACAGAAUUCCCAACACUGUCUUUUAUAGGAAUGUGCAAAGUUGUCUGCCCUCCUCAGUUCCAUUUGCAAAUUCUUGUCGUUCUAUCAGCAUUGGAUGGAUCCUUGAAGUUGCCGUCGCGGAAUGACAUGGACUUAGACAUAGAGAAGGACUAUCAACAUCGCCUCCCUCAAGGACUGCUCCCUCGGUAUGCACACCACAUGGGCCCGAGGCAGUGGGCGUACAAUGAUGAACUCGCUGAUAUGGUCCAGUGUCCAAGGUUAGAUCAGCAAGUGAUGGACCUUUAUAACACAGUACAUGAGUGGAGGGCAAGAGAUGCAGCCACAUACAAGACAAUGAACAUUACACUAGAGAAAGCCUGAUUUUACCAGAGCUGUGAAUAAGUGAACGGUUUUAAAUGAUAUAGCAUUUCAAAUCCAGGGAAUGACUGUGAUCAUUUUAAAUGCAUAUUUUAUCAACUCUGCUGCUGUAAAAAUGGUUAAUGAUAUUCGGGUAUGCAUGUACAUACAUAGAAUAUGUACUCUAGUCUUUUUACGUGAUCAAAUGAUGUAUCUGACUGAUAUAAAAUAUUAUUAUUGUUA